ACACAUUUCAGACGUCAACAAGGCAAUACACAUUCAUUCCGUGUAUUCUGCUCGAAACUAUUGGAAUACAUGCACCAUAUAGACUGAUUUGUAUUCCAGGAGCUAAUCAUUAGGCUAUCUUUUCCAAGUUCAAGUGUUAGAAUGUCGCCAAGCUAGAAAGAAAAGAAAAAAUACAUAUCAUUCGUUCGCACCAUGUCACCAUGGUAGUGGAAUAUUAACCAACGUUGACAAAUUAGUUUCAGUGACGUGUACCUUGUGUGGUGCUAGAAGGCGCCGAGGUUUCCAAAGACUACUCAGCGGAAAAAGCACAUUUUGAAAUUGCAACCAGAAGACGUUCUGGUUCCCCGCAUCCAGCGCACCUGAGACGAUGAGUGUCCGCAAGCGCCAGGAACGGCAGGAGCAGGAAAAGCUGUUACUGUCGGCAUCCAGUAACCACAGUGACGUAGACAAACAUGAAGCUAGUGACCUUCGGGGCGACUGGGGUAACAUAGCGAUACUGUUCUUUUUGUAUCUGCUGCAAGGUAUUCCCAUUGGACUAGCUUCCGCGAUACCGAUGAUGUUGCAAAACCGAGGGGCCAGCUACAAGCAACAGGCUGAAUUCAGCUUCGCUCAUUGGCCAUUCAGUAUGAAGCUAUUAUGGGCACCCAUCGUAGAUUCACUCUACUGGUCCCGCUUCGGACGACGCAAGUCGUGGUUGAUUCCAACACAAUACAUUAUCGGCGUUUUCAUGCUAAUUCUAUCCAUUCACGUAAACACCUGGCUCGGCAGCAGUUCCGAGGAUGCAGCACUCGAGGUGGCUCCAAACAUACCCAUGUUAACCGGUAUAUUUUUUGUGUUAAAUUUUCUCGCUGCUACCCAAGAUAUUGCGGUUGACGGAUGGGCCCUGACGAUGCUCAAACGAUGCAAUGUUGGUCACGCAUCGACGUGUAAUAGCGUCGGACAAACAGCUGGAUAUUUUCUCGGUUAUGUGGCAUUCAUGGCUCUGGAAUCGGUUGAGUUUUGCAACAGUUAUUUACGGUCAGUGCCAUCGGAUGAGGGUUUGGUAACGCUUCCUGGCUUCUUAUGGUUCUGGGGAUUGGUUUUCCUGGUAACGACCAGUCUUGUAGCGCUACUCAAGCGAGAAACUCUACCGAGCGCAGAACGUGGACACGAUGAGCUGAUGGAAUUGGAUAUCAGGCAGACGUAUGGCUUACUGAUCGAUAUAAUCAAAAUGAAACCAAUUUUAAUUCUGACGGCAAUUUUAUUGACGGUGAAAACUGCUUUUGCUGCAUGUGACGCAGUUAGUUCUUUGAAACUAAUUGACGCUGGAGUUCCGAAAGAUAAGCUGGCAUUGCUCGUCGUACCUUUGGUUCCGCUGCAGAUUGUGCUCCCGCUGGUAAUCAGCAAGUACACCACCGGUCCGCGUCCAAUGGAAGUUUACCUGAAAGCCAUCCCAUAUCGGAUAGUUCUUACGCUUGUCGCAGCUGCCGUUGUUUGGUUUACGCCUGCGAUGAUCCAUGAUCAUCACGUUCCGUAUUACUACUACCUGAUAUUACUCACCAACUAUGGACUGUAUCAAAUCGCUCUCUACAGUAUGUUUGUUGCGGUGAUGGCAUUUUUUGCACGGAUUAGUGAUCCGACUGUCGGUGGGACGUACAUGACGCUGCUCAAUACGCUGAGUAAUCUCGGAGGAAACUGGCCUACAACUGUCGUUUUGUGGCUGGUCGAUGUGCUGACGUGGAAGCGAUGCUCCAAUGCUGCUGACAACACGUGUUCGGAUGCUGCAGAGCAAGAAAUAUGCGUCAACGGAGACGGAAAAUGUAACAUCGAAAUCGAUGGAUACUACAUCGAAAUCGUAAUCUGCUUGGUGUAUGGAAUCUUUUGGUAUCAUUGGGGAAAACACAAAAUUCGCUAUCUCCAAAGUUUGCCCUUGAAAGCAUGGCGCGUAACGCAUAAACAGCGUGCGCAUUCGAGUUAGCAAUCAAUUCGUUUGGUCUAGAAUGACAUGGUGUUGCACUAGACGAUUGUUUUUUUUGUUUUUAGUUGAAGGCAAAUGAUUAGGCUAUCAUUUCAAAUUGGUUUUGUUUUUAUUAGAAUUGAAGGAUUAUGAAUCGCCACCAUCAUCCACUAAUUCCACUAUAAUCAUUCGCACAUGUCAGUGUAAACUGUGUUCUAAAAAUGCAAUAGACAGAUACAUAGAAAAUUUUACAUAUAAUUUAUUAUAUUUUUUCUUCUAGCAAUUUUAGUUGAAUUACAGCAGCGUAACAUAGAUCUAUAAUAAUGAUUGAAAUCAUGUAAGAUAUUUAUGGAUUCCACAAAGCAUUUUCGAAUAAAUUCUACAUGUAUUUAAAAAAAACAGGAAAAAAAUGUGUUAGUUGUAAGGUUUGUUUGUAAAUUGCAAUGAUAAUAAUGUUUCAGAAUUGUGAUAACAUCUAUUGAUUGCAAAAUGUAUGUUUAUUGUGUCUACACGCAUAUUGAGAACGAUCGGAGUCAUUUCAUAGUGUAUGAUUCUCACAAACAGAUAACUUUAACAUUUGCCCUGCAUUAGGGCCUUGUGACAACAGCCGAAUGAAAUGUUACAAUAAAGUGAAAUCUGAUA